UAUCCCGAUAGUGCGGGUAUAAUUGUAUCGAUGUCUACGAUAUCUUGUCCUCCAAUUAAUAUAAGAGGAUUAAUUUCAGAAAGAUCCAUAAAUGCAUUAUGUGUCUUUCGGACUGUAGAAACUAGCGCUAAUAAUAAUGAUAACUUUUCUUUAUCUCAAAAUGUCAAGUCAAAAAAUGGUAGAAUUUUGAAGGGUAAAGAAAAAGAGGAUUCAAAAGCCAACAAAGUUAUAUUUACCGUCAACCGACAAAUGUACAUGUGUUCAAAUGUCAUGCAACAAUUGAAUCACGCUUUGAUGACAGUUCUCCGCGAGAUUAAACAAACCUAUUCUGGUCAGGUUUUAGAUUGUGAUAAUAGGAUCGGGCAGCGAAUAUUUGUCGAUUCUCAAUAUGAAUCAUUUCUUAUGAACUUUCUCAAAAAAAGUGUGCUUCAGUUUGACAGAUCUAUAGACCAGGAUUUUAGAUCUCUAGCUGUCGCCAAACAUCACGUCAAGACACUUAUAAUGAAACGUAUUAAUGGUGCUUUGGCAACCUGUCAGGGUCAUGGUAUUAAUAACGGAAACGAUGUGCACUUGAGGCGGAGAAAACUUGAAAAAUUAAUAGAAAAGUUGGUUACUCAACGCAUGGCAAAAAAGGAAAAAAAUAAAAAAUCAGAAAAUGUUGAUGAUGUAGUUCGAUGGACUAAUCCUAAAUCUUCAGAUGAUGAUCGACAGAAUGCUAGUGAAAAUUUCACAGUUAAUGAUGUAAAUAUGAAAAUUCCUGCAAUGCCAACGUUUCCAUUGUUAGAGUGUUCAACUCAAAAGCCUAUUAUUUAUAAAAAGGAAUCCGAAUCAACCGAUAUUAUGUCAGCGCCAUCGAAACCAAUUCUACCUGUGGACACAUGCUUAGAUGACAUAGAUGAAAAAAUGACUACAGCAGAUGAAUCUAAAGACAGGCUAACGGACGUUGAUUGUGAUACGAAAACACCUCGAGAUACUUUGACAGAAACUUGCGAUGAUUCAUCGAUAGUUAUUUCAGUAAAACAACCUUUAAAGAAAACUAGUACGGGUAGCGCGCCGAAUCCAAAAAGGGUCAAGCCUAAUUCAACACCUCCCCCUAUAUCUUUUGGAGGAAGUCUUGCACAAGCUGCAUCUUUUCCUGAAUCAAAGCCGUUUACUAGUUCCGGUUCUACUUCAUUGAUGAGUGGAUCUUCAACUUUUAAUUCUAAUCAAAAAAGUACUUCUACUACGCAAUUCUCUUCAUCUUCCACACAAAAAACUGCUAUGUCAUCGCCAACAUUUACACCAAUUUCAUCAUCCUCAUCAACUCAUAAUAUGUCAAUGUCUACGAAUAAUCCAUUAAGUAUGGCGCAAACUCCAAGCAACAGGCUUCCAUAUCCACAAAUUAAUACAUGCCAGUAUCCUACAAAUUGCUAUCGACAGUUUCACAAUUCUUCUGAAGAUUUAUCUCCAAGUAUUCGUCCACCUGUUCCCUGUAUCGGGAAUAAACCUAUAAAUG